GCCGAAUCUCGAAUCUAUUUUCUCGAUAUGGAAGGUGUGGUCUUGCCUGCUUUUGCUCUUGCUCCUUCUUCGCUCUAAGACCCGUUUCUCGCGCGCUCGCGCGCACAUGCCCUGUUUGCCAUUGCCCGCGGCGGAUCAGACGGAAACGAGUUUGCCCAAGGAACUCACCAGAGAGGUCUGCGCCGAGGCGCAGCAAAUUAGUGUUGUAUCGUAGUGUAGUAUAGCCCAAGGUCGUCGUAUCUCACGAUCCAUCUCGUCUCCCAUUCCUGCCAUGCCCCUCAUACCUGGAAACACGAAAGGCCAACAGCAGCGAGAAGAUCACGUCGAAACAGCGCGCCGCCGCGGCGUUUGCGACCAACUCUCGCAACACUGAGCGAUCAGCGACGGCCGAUAUGCUGAUGAUGCGUGCCCCAAGCUCUCAAGGAAGCCUGGCGUUCCUCCGCCAUCUCGCGCUGAGGAUCUUGUUUCUCCGCGGAUCCAAAGCGAAGUUUGCCGUCGCCGGCCUCCUCCUGGUGCUGCUCGUUUCCGCCUCCCUCGCCUAUCGCUUCUUCUGCCUGGAGGACGACUUCUACGCCCCGACGAGAAUUUUCGGCCGCCACCCGUAUGCCAACUACAACCACCACCACCAUCAGCACCGCCAUCAGCAACACCAUCAGCACCACCAACACCACAACAACGACGACGAGGACGACGACGACAACGGCGACGGCCGCCAUGAUGAUGUCGGCGGCUGGUGGGCCGAGUUCUUUGGCCGCCUCGAGAGCACCCGCGUAACGGCGGGGCCGGUCAGAGUGGGCGAGCCGGGGCCCAGCAUCAACUGGGCGCCCGGAAUCAACGCGACGCGCCCGGACCUGAUCGAGCUGAGCGAGGACGACGUGGCCCGGUUCCGGGCGUCGCACGCGGGCUUCGUCGACCAGCUCGCCGAGUUCGCCAGCCACCUCCCGUACGAGGCCGACACGACCGGCAUCGUGACCACGACGGGCGUCGCCACCUUCGGCCAGGCCGUCUCGCUGGUCCUGAUGGCGCGCCGGGCCGGCUCGCGCCUGCCCAUCCAGAUCUUCCUCGACUCGUCGUCCCCCUGGGUCGAUCGGCUGUGCGCCGAGACGAUGCCCCGCUUCGACGCCCGGUGCGUGUCGCUCGAGGACACCUGGGGCGGCGUGCGCGGCCCGGUGCCGGAGCUGGUGCGGUUCCAGUGGAAGGUGGUCUCCAUCGUCGGGUCCUCGUUCCAGAACGUGCUCUUCCUCGACGCCGACUGCCUGCCCGUGCGCAGCCCGGACGCCAUCUUCGACCGCAGGUCCGAGCCGUUCGCGUCCGCCGGCCUCGUCACCUGGCCCGACUUCUGGGUGACCAACACGUCGCCGCUCUUCUACCGCAUCGCCGGCGACCUCGACGUCCCGCCCGUCACCGCGCGCACCAGCCCCGAGAGCGGCAUGAUGGCGUACGACAAGGCCCGCCACGCCGACACCCUCCUCCUCGCGGCCUACUACAACUACAACGGGCCCGACCACUACUACCCGAUCUUCAGCCAGCGCGGCGCCGGCGAGGGCGAUCGGGAGAGCUUCCUGCAGGCCGCGCUGGUGCUGCAGGCGCUGCGCAAGAAGGGCGCGUACCGGCCGCCGACGGCGUGGAUGCGCCCCGGCGUCGGCGUCCGGAAGGGCUACUACGACGUCAAGGAGCUGCCCUUCGUGCACGGGCGGUCUGCGAAGCAGGCGUGGAGGGGCAUGUUCAUGAUGCAGCAGGACCCCAUGGCCGACUAUCGCGCCUUCACGGCCGUCCUGGAGGGGGAGGAGGAGGAGGAGGCUCGGCGGAGGAAGAAUGGAACCGCCACUGGGACCGACGGACGGCAGCAAGAGCUCUCCCCAGACAGCGGCACCGGCACUGGCUCUGGCUCGGCGGUCAUGACGGUCAUCAGGGAGAAGAAGGUAGAGGGGAAGAAGAAGAAGAAGGAGAAGAAGAAGAAGAACGGGGAAGAGGAGGAGGAGGAGGAGCUGGACGAGGACGCGUUCCUCACCGACACGACGGCGCUCGACAGGUUUGGCGACCUGACGCCGGCGCUGGAGAGGCAGAAGGAGAAGGGGGGCGGGGGCAGCGAGCGCCGCCGGCGCGAGCACGUCAUGUUCUUCCACCACAACGGCGUCAACCCGGACUUCACGCGCGUGCUCGACCCGGAGUCGGGCCUGGUCGAGACGGACGAGGAGGGCCGGUACGUGCGCCUCUGGGGCGACCCGGGCUGGAUCGCCGACUGCCUCGGCCGCGACGCCGAGAAGCUGCUCUGGGAGGACACGAUGGCCGUCUACUGCCAGCCCGGCCUGGUCGCCCGCUUCGAGCGGCUGCGCCGCGUGUGCGCACACAUGCGCGAUAUUCACCAACAGCUGUACGUAUAGUUCUGCCUGGCGUUCCCGGAGGUUAUCUCAGUGUUGUGCUCUUGAUUUCUUUUUAUUUUAUUUUAUUUUCAAUCUUAGUUUUUUUCUUUUGGGGAG